UGAAAAUCAGUUCAACUUUGCUUUAGUGUUAAAUAUAGCGAUAUAAAGUAACUUGAAACGUGUUUAUCGGCGAUACGGAGGGUAAUGCUGGGGAAAGAUGGAGGACGUAGGAGCCCGCCGCUGGUUGGAGUCUUCGGGGCGGUGCUCACCCUCCUGUCCACGGCCUUCAUCCUCUUCACCUUCCCCCUCUCAGCCUGGAUGUGUGCUAAGGUCAUUAAGGAGUGUGAGAGGGCCGUGAUCUUCAGACUGGGCCGUGUUGUAAAGGGACGGGCCAAAGGACCCGGUCUCUUCUGGUUCAUCCCCUGGCUGGAUGUCAUCCAGAAAGUGGACUUGCGGACCGUUUCCUUCACCAUCCAGCCACAAGAGGUUCUGACUGCAGACGGGGUUCCAUUAAUGAUGGAUGCUGUUGUGUUUUACCGAGUGGUGGACCCCUCGCUCUGGGUGACGCGUGUUGAAAAUGGCAACCAGGCCACACACUCUCUGGCCCAAACGACCCUGAAUGCCACGCUGGGCACACACACUCUGACAGACAUACUGUCACAGAGGAAAAGCAUGGCAAAGAGAAUGGAAGAGGUGCUCUACUCUGCAUCCAGACUGUGGGGCAUUCAGGUGCAGCGGGUGGAGCGGGUGGAGCUGAAAAAUGUGACGCUUCCCUUCACCCUACAGCGCUGCAUGGCUUCAGAGGCCGAGGCCAUCAGGAAGGCCAGGGCCAUGACAAUAUUCGAGUGA